AUGACCCUCCGGCGGCGCGGGGAGAAGGCGACCAUCAGCAUCCAGGAGCAUAUGGCCAUCGACGUGUGCCCCGGCCCCAUCCGGCCCAUCAAGCAGAUCUCCGACUACUUCCCCCGCUUCCCGCGGGGCCUGCCCCCGGACGCCAGGCCCCGCGCCGCUGCGCCCCCGGACGCCCCCGCGCGCCCCGCCGCGGCCAGCGCGGGCCGCCGCAGCCCCUCCGACGGCGCCCGCGACGACGACGAGGAUGUCGACCAGCUCUUCGGAGCCUACGGCGCCAGCCCGGGCCCUAGCCCCGGCCCCAGCCCGGCUCGGCCGCCCGCCAAGCCGCCCGAGGACGAGCCGGACGCCGACGGCUACGAAUCCGACGACUGCACUGCCCUGGGCACGCUGGACUUCAGCCUGCUCUACGACCAGGAGAACAACGCCCUGCACUGCACCAUCGGCAAGGCCAAGGGGCUGAAGCCAAUGGACCACAACGGGCUGGCAGACCCCUACGUCAAGCUGCAUCUACUGCCAGGAGCCAGUAAGGCAAAUAAACUCCGAACGAAAACACUCCGAAACACUCUGAACCCCACGUGGAAUGAGACCCUCACUUACUACGGGAUCACAGACGAAGACAUGAUCCGGAAGACCCUUCGGAUCUCCGUGUGUGACGAGGACAAGUUCCGCCACAAUGAGUUCAUCGGGGAGACGCGGGUGCCCCUGAAGAAGCUGAAACCCAAUCACACCAAGACGUUCAGUAUCUGCCUGGAGAAGCAGCUGCCGGUGGACAAGACGGAAGACAAGUCCCUGGAGGAGCGGGGCCGGAUCCUGAUCUCCCUCAAGUACAGCUCGCAGAAGCAGGGCCUGCUGGUCGGCAUCGUGCGCUGCGCACACCUGGCUGCCAUGGACGCCAACGGCUACUCAGACCCCUACGUGAAGACAUACCUGAAGCCAGACGUGGACAAGAAAUCCAAACACAAGACUGCAGUAAAGAAGAAGACCCUGAACCCCGAGUUCAAUGAGGAAUUCUGUUACGAGAUUAAGCAUGGGGACCUGGCCAAGAAGACCCUGGAAGUCACUGUUUGGGAUUAUGACAUUGGAAAAUCCAACGAUUUCAUUGGAGGCGUGGUUCUGGGCAUCAAUGCUAAGGGCGAGCGCCUGAAGCACUGGUUUGACUGCCUGAAGAACAAGGACAAGCGGAUCGAGCGCUGGCACACGCUCACCAAUGAACUCCCAGGGGCUGUGCUCAGCGACUGACCAGCCCCCACCUGCUGCCGCACCCGCCCCUGCCUGUCACCUGGCCCGGCACCAGCCUGGCCCUGGGCUUCCUCAGCUGCCACCAAGGGCCUGGGCCCUCACCCUGGGGGGAGAUCCAGGCUGCCUGCUCAGACACAGAGCCACUGCAGCCCCCGCUCGGAGGCUGUGGAGGGCCUAGCCCCUCUAAGGAACAGCAAGGCCAGAGAGCUGGGCCUGCUUUCAGCCCCUGGGACCUAAGAGGGCAGGAGGUGGGAGAGGACCUUGGCCUCAGCACCCACCCCAGGGAAGGGAUGGGGGCCGUGCAGGGGGUGAGCACCCUACUUGAGGUCAGCAGUAAGUCAGGGGCCCCUAGGCUGAGAGAACAAGAGUGCAGGGGCACCUUGGCCUUGGUGGGGCCAGCGAGAACUCUGGAGAGGGGCAUUAGGGGAAAAGAGAUUUGGAGAAGUUUACUCCCAAGAGGAGGUUCUUACUACAUCUGUUCAUCUCUGGCAGAUGGAGAAAAGUUGACCUGAGAGCAAGAAUGGUCAAGUUCCUACAAGCUCUCACUGAACACGGCCAUUGGCAAGCACUUCAGUGAUUGCACAAGCCCCUGGAGAAGAAUGAGAACCAGGGCCUGCCCUCUUGAGAGUUCCUUGUCUAAUCAGGGAGCUAGAAACAAACCAUUACAACAGGGAGUGAGGAAUGCCAAGGCCAGGCUGACAUAACCUGUGAGUGCCAUGAAUUCUGACUCUGCUGGGAGGUAGGGAGGGCUUCCCGGAGGAGGGGAUGCUUCAGCAAGGCCUUGAAGGGUGAGUGCGGUUACUAGGCAGACAAAGAGGAAGGGCAGUGGGUGCAGUGGAAAUGACCUACAAAGGCCUGGAGGGGAAGAGUAUGGUGACUGGGCUAGGGUCACUGUGCAAGACGUGGGGUCUCACUCU